CGCGCAUAUCAGUCGCAAUGGAUAGACAGGAGUAUCCGACCAUGGUGGCCGCUCUUGAGCCUGGCCAGGCCAUCAAUGUCCUUAACGAUCGUGUUCGACAGGUUGGCCGUCUCAAUUCUGACAUUGCCGACUGGCUUCAAGAACGAAGGAGACUCGAGGAACAAUACUCGGCUGGCCUGCGCAAGCUUGCGAGACGAUCACCUCCAGGCGACUCGAUUCAAGACCNNUUGGGUAUCAUGUCCUCACCUCAACAAAAUGGAUCAAUCGCUGACGCGCAUGGCUAUAGUAUCUUCUCAGUACCAUGGAACACCCUCACCUCUGCGCUCGAGACGCUGGCCGAAUCGCACCAAGUACUGGCCCAGAGAAUUGAAGUCGACGUCGAGCGACCACUACGCGACUUUGCCUCGACCAAUCGUGAGAUGCAGGCCAUGUCGACCAUCCAGGGCAACCUCGCCUCUAUGGCCCGUGAUGUCGAGAACGCUCAGAAAAAGUCGGAACGUUUGAACAACAAGGGAUCCAACAAUGCGUCUCGCGCCGACUCUGAACUCGAGGGUGCACAGUCGCAAUGGACUUCUCAAUCGCCAUACGUUUUUGAGUCGCUGCAAUCUCUUGACGAGAGCAGAUUGAACCACCUCAGAGAUGUGCUCACCCAAUUCCAAACUCAUGAGAUUGAUGCGAUCGAGAAGACGAGAGUGUCGGCUGAAUCUGUGCUGAACAUCUUGCUGAAUGUGGAGACGGCGGAUGAGAUCAAGACGUAUGCUCUGCGCGUCUCUAGUGGAGACAUGGUGCCGAGAGAGACGAAGGCCAGAAACCGCCAAUCCAUCUUUGUUCCUCCUUCGCUGGCUCCUACCUCGCAUCAUGAUGAUGGCGCAACACCACCAGAACGGGCCUCAGAACCCGAGAAGCAGAAAUCCGGCAAGGGGUUGAAGAGAUUGGGCACACUGCUUGGGCGAAAGAACCGUGAGAGCAAGAUGAUUCCUGACAGAGCGUCUGAGUCGCCAGAACGCAAGCCGUCUAGGCCAUCGGCUUUCAACUCGCUGUCCAGUAGAUUUGGACGCAACAACGACUUGCCUACGCCGCUGGAAGAGAGCGAAGAGCCCACCCGCCCUCGUUCUCCUCUCCGUACUGUCACGAGCAACACCAACUCAUCAUACCGUGGCACUGCGAACGGCGACAAGGAGUUACCGCCCAUUGAUGGAUCUGCCCUGUCGUUGGCUGCUGCCGUCUCACCCGCAGAGCAGCAGCUCGCAGUUGCAAGAGCCUUNNUGCAACCUUCGCAAGCUUCCUUGCCUGUUCAGUCGCAAUCACAACCAUUUGCAUCUGAAUUCCCUUCAAACAUGCAACCCAUGCAGCCAACCCAACCUACCCAGCCCGUUCGCGACAACCAAGGCUUCUCGGAGCCGCCGCCCGCUGUCGAUCUCAUCUCGCAGGCUGAACGAGAGGCUGCAGAUGCAAACGAUGCCAACCAGCAGCAGUUCAAGCUGGACAUUCGUAACGCUCCAAUCGCUGAAGAGGGCGGAGAUGCUGCUCUUACGAGCAUGGCCAAUACACUCAAGAUGCAAGCCCCUCCUCCAACCUCGCGCAGAGCAGGAACUGUUCGUGGCCGUCGUGAUAUGCGCGCUAGUGUAUACGGUCAAUCUCCAGUCACUACCCCGGAUGUCACUACCGAAGAAGAGCCUGCCCGUACCAUCUCACCUGCAUUGCAAACUCAAGAGACAACACGCGCGCCCUUGGAGAUCUCGACCUCGUCUUUGCCUACCGCCCAGAGCCCUUCGUCUCCCGGGUUCGCGUCAACGUCGAAUACCUUCUCGCCCUUCCAUGGCUCUGCUCAAGCUAUUGCAGCCAACGUCUUUGCACGCCCAGCCUCGCGAAUCGGUGAAAGCGACUACGAUGCAGGCUCUAUUCGUUCUGGUCGUUCUCUCAGCAGCUCACAAAGCCAGACCAACAAGCAUCCCGAACUGCACGAGCCUGGUCUCAACAGUUCCAUCAUCGAGACUGUCAGCGCUUGGUUCGAGCAAGGUCAACUCACACGUAGCGUGACCAUUGGUGAAAUUGCACUUGCCUACAACCCAUCGAACUUCACAUCUCCCUUUGGCCACGAGAACAUUCGCGUUGAUGGUUUCUCCAGCUUGGAGAAGGUGGCUCCUAACCCAGCCUUCUUGACUGCUGCUGGUGAGCAAUCUGGCGAAUAUAGCGUCAACCUCGGCGGCAUCUCGAAAACCGCUGUGGCAUUCAAGUACCAAGUUUCCAAUCCCGGCUCCACCGCUGCACCUCUUCUCCUCACUCCUGCCUGGAAGAUUGAGCCAACGCAAACCUCUGCCAUUCUCAGCUACAGCUUGAACCCAGCAUUCACCCUGCCUGCCGGUCAAACUAGCGUCACCCUACAGAAUGUCGUCCUGAUGCUUUACCUCGACCCCACCUCCAAAGCCACCACCUGCCUCUCCAAGCCCGUCGGCACAUUUGACAAGUCCAAGAACCUUAUUUACUGGCAACUCGGCAACAUUACCUUGUCGUCUACUCCCGGAAAACUGCUUGCUCGUUUCCAGACUCCAGAAGGAGAAGCCAAACCAGGACACAUCGAGGCGAAGUGGGAAGUCGUGGGCGCAGAUCUGGGAACGAGCUUGGGUGUUAGUAUCAAAGAGGAAGCCAAGGAGGCUGAUCCUUUUGCUGACGAGAGUUUGGCGACUAAUGAGAGCGGCAGCUGGAAGAGGGUUGCCGAGGUCAGGAGAGUUGUUUCUGGUGUCUAUCAGGCUAAG